UGUUGUGCGCCUGAGCCGUGUUUUCGCUAAGCUAGCCCACUGCUAGGAGCUAGAGAUGUUAAAUACGGUCGAAUUAAUCGCUUUUAAAAAAGAACUCACGCUCAUCGUGAAUAAUCUGGCCAAGGCGGUGGUGACGGAGCUCUUCAGCGCGGCGGAAAAAGUCUCUUUAGAAAAACAAAACCCUGAAACCGAGGAGAAGCUGAGCUCUCUGGUGGACAGUUUGUGUGUUGAAGCUGUUGAUAAAAUCCUGAAGGUGGUCCAGGAGGCUGCUGAGACUCCAGGACACCUGAAGGAUCCACAGGAGUCUGAGCAGAGUGGCGAAGGUUUGACGACAGAAGGUGAAGACGGAGGUGAGCGCCCCCCCACAGAACAGACCUUCAUCCUGGUGUACGGGAGCUCUGCUGUCCACUCCAAGUGUCUGCUGGAGCCACUGCAGAGUGAUGCUAAUGCUAAUGCUAACGGUGAAACUGAAGCUGGUUCUUCAGGCCAAGCCACGACUCUCCACAGAGACUCCUCCCUCUCCCCACCUCACCUGCAGGCUGAUUUCACCGACCAUGAGUAUGCUCGGCUGUCCUCCCCGCCGCCUGGUGCCGCCUCAUCAGCAGAGGGCGGAGCCAGUGAAGCACGCAGCAGGAAACUGCGCCACAGACGGCAGAAAAAAGGCCCCACCAGGUCUGAGCCUUCGGAGCCAACAGCGAGUCACCACCAGUGUCUGCAGUGUGGGAUGCUGUUUCCAAACACACAGCGACUCUCUGAUCAUGAGAGGAAGUCUCACCCGGUGUGCUCAGCGUGUGGGAUGGCAUUCACCGGCAUCCUGAGGCUCCGCGAACAUGAGAUCAAAGAGCACAGGCUGCUGCCGUACACCUGCGACUACUGCCCCAAGAGGUUCAACCACAAAGCUCACCGCAACCUGCAUGUGAAGGCUCGACACACCGGAGAGAAGACCUGCCACUGCGACAUCUGCGGGAAGGGCUACUCCUGCAUCAGCGUGCUGAAGACGCACAGGAUGACCCACUUCGACAAGACGUUCAUCUGCGACGUCUGCGGGAAGAGCUUCUACCACGCCUGCCACCUGACGCGCCACAAACUGGUGCACCAGGAGAUGCGGCCCUACCGGUGCUCCACCUGUGGCAAGGGCUUCACCCAGGCCGCCAACCUGCGCAGCCAUCAGGGGAUCCACACUGGAGAGAGGCAGCUCUGCUCCAUCUGCGGGAAGAGCUAUCGCUGCCUAAAGAACCACAUCAUCAGCAAACACUCGCACGAGCUCCCUGCCGACGAGCUGCCGGCCAGAGACACCAUCAUCACCUGCGAGGUGUGCGGCAAGAAGUUCCCCAACCUGUCGCAGUUCAAAGUUCACCAGCGGAGCCACACGGGGGAGAAACCAUUCCACUGCGACAUCUGCGGGAAGAGUUACCGUCUAAAGGAGCUGCUGAGGGACCACAGGUACACCCACACUGGGGAGAAACCCUACAGGUGCACACUCUGCUCCAAGACCUUCAACCUGGCCACCAGCUACAUGAGGCACCGCAGCAUCCACACCGGAGAGACGCCCUACAGCUGCCUCGACUGCGGCAAACACUUCCGCCUGCUCACCUUCCUCAAGGCUCACCUGCAGACCAAAGCUCACCUGAAGCAGACGCAGCAGAAGCAGACGGUGACCUCUGACCUCUGACCUCAGCAGGAUGUGACAGCUGAUACCUGAUAUGUGACU